AUGAAAGACAUUAUUCCUCAUAACAAAGAGCGAAACAAAAGAAACAACGAGACAAAGUUGGAAAACACUGGUGGAAUAUCAUCAUCCAAACUACAUUGGCGAGGCGUGCCAAAAAGAACAAAGAGUCCUCUCUUUUUUCAUCCUCCUCCUCCUCCCCCUCCCCCUCUUCCUCCUCCUAUUUUUUCUUCUCCUUCAUCAUCCUCAUCACCACCAUCAUCAUCUCCUGGAAAAUCGGGGAUUUCAAACACCGAAAGAAUACUUGAUCCAAAAACUAAUGCUAAUGCACCACGUAUUUCGAUACAACAUGUGGAUUUUGUUGCAAAAGGGGAAGCGUGUUUAAGUAAACGCUCAAAUGGACUGUCGCCUUCUUCUCCGGAAGAAGAGUUUUGGAAUCUGAGGUCUGGACUUCGCAAGUUUGAUAAGAACUUCCCUACAAUUGACGGUAAACAGAGCUCUUUGUCUCCAGAAGAAGGGUUGGGCUCUUCAUUUGCGCAGAUUUUGAAAUUGAAUACUCCGCCGAGUGAGCCAAAGAAUUUGCUCGAGCUGGCUUUGUGUGUUUCUGACAAGUCCAAACAUAUAAGGAAAAACUCUUAUAGCCACUCGCAUUCACCAAUAACAAUUGUGCCGGAAGAUUCAAAGUCGACUUGUUUCAUAUGCAAAGAAUUAUUACUGGCGGUUCUCAAAAGUGAACGAAUCAUUACAUUGUGUUGUGGCGAUGCUGUACACCUUGAGUGUUUUAUAGCUUAUUUCAAGAAAGAGCUUGUGAGCAAUGUCGAUAGUAGGACUGGUAUUCUUCAAAAAUCAAUGAUUAUGUCAAAGGAUUGCAAUGGUGACAAAUGCAGAGGACAACAUAAGGCCGAAAUUGAUAGGAGACAAUAUCACGAAGCGUUGCGUACUGGACAGCCUCAGUUGACGCCAUUGCGACCAGCGCCAGCACAGCCGAAACUACGGUCCAUUAGUUCAGACCCGUAUGACUCGCUGAAAACUGCUGACAAAACUUCUCACCUCAAGUUGCCUGAACGCAAUGCAAGGCGCAAGUCGUUGCCGGAAAGUGACAACUUUAAAGCAUUAAGGUCUACCUUAAACGAGCAGACAACGCAAUUAGUGCAGAAAACUUCGACUAAUGCAAGGGAAAACAAAGUUGAUCAUGAGCGGGUACUGCCGCCUCUUUCUUCGAACAAAGAGUAUAUAGUUACAGCGAAAAACUCAGAAGCCAAAAGUGGAUAUUCCCAAAUUGGAGUUCAAACUGUUUUGAAAGAGAGCACAAAAAGAAGAGAGAACGACGAAGCAAUGAGGUUGCCGAAACAAAACAGCCUUGUAAAGAGCGAAGGUAAGGGUAAGGUUGAGCGUGAGUGUGAGCAUGAUGGUGAGGUUGUGGGUGAUGGUGACGGUGAUGAUGAUGAUGACGGUGAAGUUGAGGAUGAGCGUGAGCGUGAGGGUAGCGGUGACGUUAUUAAAAUUAAUGGUAAAUACGGCGAUGAAAGUAUUGUAAAGGAAGAUGAAGAUGAUAUAAAUGAUCUGUUGGUGCAAUUCAUGGUAUCAAAUUGUUCACAUAUAAAAGUCUCAAAGCUAAUUCAGUUUGGUAAUCUACGAGUUGCCGAUCGUUUACAAGUUUUGUUUAAUGACGAGGUCAAAUACGAGCUAAAAUACUCCUUUUUGUUUGAAAAAUAUCUUGCAAUAUGGGAUGUUUCGAGCGAGCCUGUAUUGAUUGAUAUGAGUCAUGCUGAAGUGACGAUCCUAGCCCAGAGCUUAAAAAUCGUGUGCUCGACACAGCUGCUCAAUAAGAAACUUUUUACUGUCUCCUUACGAUCCAGUGCAGCUUCGGUGUUUGAGAAAUGGAUUAUUAUGUUAAUGGACAAGACUUUGGAAUUACCAAAGAAGAAAAUCACAAGCACGAUUGAGUUGAAGAAUUUGAUAAAAAGCAAUGAAAUGGUAUUCAAGUUCGGAAAUCAAGAAGGGAACAAGCAAAUCGGACUUCGAAAAGCGCUAAUUGCUAAUUCUAAGCACAAGAGAAAUUCAUACACUAAUGAAACUAUGUUGUCUAAACAAUUGGAAGAAUCGUGUAUUGAGAACCGAAGAAGUUCCAAACCUGUAUCUUUUGAAAGAUCAGAAACAUAUGACCUGGAUGUGGACUCCGAUGAAGAGUUGAUCAACUCUGCAUUGAGGCAAAAUUAG